GUUGCAGGUCAUCGAUUAUUGAGCUGGCCCACAACAAAGUGAAUUGUUUAUUAGAUUAUUUUUGUAAUUCUGAAGAAUCCUCAGAUGAAGGGUGGCGCAAAUGCUAAAAGCACGGAAGUAACAUCAAUGGCGGGCACAGAAACAUCAGACUGGCAUCAUUGGUGCCGUCUCUGUGCAAAGGAACAUGCUGACAAUGUAAAUGUGUAUUUUAGAGAUGGGGAUCAGACUUGGACGAGUGUUUUAGCUGUGGCCAUUGGUAAAUACUUUUGGGUCAAUAUCAAAAUGGAAGAUGAACUGAGUAAUACACUGUGUAAGAAUUGCUACACACUGGUGGAGGAUCUCAUCGAGUUUUCCGACCGUGUGAAUCGUGUACAAACGCUUUUCACCCGGCUACAUCAGGCGGGUCCACUAGCCGCACUUAACUACGAUGAUAUUCGACGGGAUUGUGGUCUGCUGGCAGUAGAAUGGAAGCACUUUAAUUCACGGAGUGUGCCCGAAGAGCCACCAAUUGAUGAGACAGAGGCAGACACAUCCGAUUGCAUUGUUGAUGAUAUGUUGGAGUCCUAUGAUGAAGAUGCAGAAGUAAUGGCCGAAAUUGAAACUGCCGAAAUAGCUGACAACGAAGAAAACGCUUAUGAAACUUAUGUUGAUCAUGAAGAGUCCACGGAAGAGGUGUACGUUAAGGACGAAGAACUAACCGAAGAGACACCGACCAUACAGGAUCCAAAAACUGCCGCGGAGCUCGCUGAUAAUGAUGAGACGACAACUGCAAACGAAGAGGACAUUGGGGAGGAUACACCAGAAGCCGAUGAUCUAAGUGAGACUCAAACAGGUGAAAACGAUGAUGUCUCCCAUGAACGUACUCAGUAUAAAUGCAUGUCCUGCAGCAAGGGCUAUAAGAAGCCAAUGGCCUAUAGACGACACAUGGCUGAGGUUCACGGCCUGGUUGCCACAGAUGUUCCCAACCUCGAGUGCAAACGCUGCAAUGCGGUGUUUGCGACAGAGAAUCAACUUACUGCCCAUUAUCGUACUCAUAUGCCUGCCAAGGACAAGGCGGAAAAUGCUUGUAGUUAUUGCCCAAAGCUUUUCACGACACCUGCAGCUCUCAAACGCCACGUCAUGUUCAUACAUGAGAAUGUCAAGCCUUUUAUAUGUGACUGCUGUGGCAAAGGUUCGAAGACUAUCACAGCACUCAAUGAGCACAAACUUGUGCAUACCGAUGAGUGUCCCUUCGAGUGUCCGGUUUGCCAACGACGCUUCAAAAACUUGGCCAGGCUGAAGAUUCACUCCGAUACCCAUACAAAUAAUAACUACGUGUGCAACAUCUGCGGCUUGAAACUCAAUACUCGUCGCACUCUCAACAUGCAUCAGCUGGUUCAUUCGGAUGCCAAACAGUAUAAAUGUGAUGUAUGCGGUGCUGCCUUUAAACGGGGCAAAACAUUGAAGGCUCAUCUGAUUCUCCAUACGGGUAUAAGGCCAUACAAGUGCAAUUUUUGUGGCAAGGAUUUUUCCAAUGGCUCCAAUUGCCGCAUGCACAAACGCAAAACACAUCCCAAGGAGCUGGCCGAGGAAGAAGCACGUGGCGUAAUGCGAUCCACGCUGCUUCCCAUGAUUACAGAGUUAACCGAAGCUUCCAAACGCGUCAAAAAGCCAGCCAAGGCAGGAACAGCGUUUAUUCGGUCAAAGGUCACGGAGGAAAGUUCCGAAUCUUCCAAUACCAACAUUGUAGAUGAAGAAAUGGAGGAGGAAGCUGAUGAUGAAGUGCUUUACGAGAUUGUUGAGGAGUGUUCAUAAAUGGUGUUUCCGUUUCUUAAAUAUAUUACAAAUGAAUCUUUUAA